UUAAGCAGAGAGGCCGCAAGAAAACGAAGCAGCAGCACAGCAGCACCAGCGCGACCACGAAUGGCGUCGACCUCGAGCUUGGAUUUGGGAAAGAUUGUGCCGCCGGCCGGCUUCCUCCACUGCCGCGCCGCCGUCCUCAGCGCCCCUGUUCUCUGGGGGAGGAGCGCGAGCGGGCGGUGCAGCCUCGCCGUCUCGGUCUCGUCCUCCAAUGGUGCAGCUGGGCUCUCCCCACUGAGUGACUCGGAGAAGAAAGGCCCUGUGGUGAUGGAGAUCCCGCUGGAAGAUAUCCGGAGGCCGCUAAUGCGAACGCGUGCUAAUGAUUCUGAUAAGGUGCAGGAGCUCAUGGACAGCAUCCGUGUCAUCAGCCUCCAAGUACCUGUGGGCUUCCUUUCCUUUAACAUUAAUUUUUCCAAAAUUAUUUUCUUUUAGCUCAUAAGAUAAAUUAUGUCAGAACUGGAAUUUUCUAAUGUGGAAUUGAGUACAUACAAAUAAAGUUAUAGAGUAGCUAAUA